CGGAGGCUGAGCACGGCGAGCCGCCCGGGAGGAGAAACUAACUGCCAACCCAAGUUGCCCCGCCGGCUCUCCCUCACUGCGCUGAGGAAUGAAACCUUUCCAGCUCGAUCUGCUCUUCGUGUGCUUCUUCCUUUUCAGUCAAGAGCUGGGCCUCCAGAAGAGAGGAUGCUGUCUGGUGCUGGGCUACAUGGCCAAGGACAAAUUUCGGAGAAUGAAUGAAGGCCAAGUGUACUCCUUCAGCCAGCAACCCCAGGACCAGGCCGUGGUGUCGGGCCAGCCCGUGACACUGCUGUGUACCAUCCCUGAAUACGAUGGCUUUGUCCUGUGGAUCAAAGACGGCUUGGCACUGGGAGUGGGCAGGGACCUCUCAAGUUACCCACAGUACCUGGUGGUAGGGAACCACCUGUCAGGAGAGCAUCACCUGAAGAUCCUGCGGGCAGAGCUGCAAGAUGACGCUGUGUACGAAUGCCAGGCCAUCCAAGCCGCCAUAAGGUCUCGCCCCGCACGCCUCACCGUCCUGGUGCCACCUGAUGACCCGGUCAUCCUGGGGGGGCCUGUAAUCAGCCUGCGGGCCGGGGACCCCCUCAACCUCACCUGCCACGCAGACAACGCCAAGCCUGCGGCCUCCAUCAUCUGGUUGCGGAAAGGAGAGGUCAUCAAUGGGGCUACCUACUCCAAGACCCUGCUGCGAGAUGGCAAGCGUGAGAGCAUCGUGAGUACCCUCUUCAUCUCCCCUGGCGAUGUGGAGAAUGGGCAGAGUAUCGUGUGCCGAGCCACCAACAAAGCCAUCCCGGGAGGGAAGGAGACUUCGGUCACCAUCGACAUCCAGCACCCCCCGCUUGUCAACCUGUCGGUGGAACCACAGCCGGUGCUGGAGGACAACGUUGUCACGUUCCACUGUUCUGCAAAGGCCAACCCAGCUGUCACCCAGUACAGGUGGGCCAAGCGGGGCCAGAUCAUUAAGGAAGCAUCUGGAGAAGUGUAUCGGACCUCAGUGGACUACACGUACUUCUCAGAGCCUGUCUCCUGCGAGGUGACCAACGCCCUGGGCAGCACCAACAUCAGCCGCACGGUGGACGUCUACUUUGGGCCCCGCAUGACCACAGAGCCCCAAUCCCUGCUCGUGGAUCUGGGCUCCGAUGCAGUCUUCAGCUGUGCCUGGACAGGCAACCCCUCCCUGACCAUCGUCUGGAUGAAACGGGGCUCAGGCGUGGUGCUGAGCAAUGAAAAGACCCUGACCCUCAAAACCGUCCGCCAGGAGGAUGCUGGGAAGUAUGUGUGCCGAGCCGUGGUGCCCCGGGUGGGAGCCGGGGAGCGAGAGGUGACCCUGACAGUCAAUGGACCCCCCAUCAUCUCCAGCACCCAGACCCAGCAUGCCCUGCAUGGGGAGAAGGGCCAGAUCAAGUGCUUCAUCCGGAGCACACCGCCACCCGACCGAAUCGCCUGGUCCUGGAAGGAGAACGUGCUGGAGUCGGGGACGUCGGGGCGCUACACGGUGGAGACAGUCAGCACCGAAGAGGGGGUCAUCUCCACACUGACCAUCAGCAACAUUGUGCGGGCCGACUUCCAGACCAUCUACAACUGCACUGCCUGGAACAGCUUCGGCUCCGACACGGAGAUCAUCCGGCUCAAGGAGCAAGGUUCGGAAAUGAAGUCGGGAGCCGGGCUGGAAGCAGAGUCUGUGCCGAUGGCCGUCAUCAUCGGGGUGGCCGUAGGAGCUGGUGUGGCCUUCCUCGUCCUUCUGGCAACCAUUGUGGCCUUCUGCUGUGCCCGCUCCCAGAGAAAUCUCAAAGGGGUUGUGUCGGCCAAGAAUGACAUCCGAGUGGAGAUUGUCCAUAAGGAGCCUGCUUCCGGCCGGGAGGCUGAGGAACACCCCACCAUCAAGCAGCUGAUGAUGGACCGGGGUGAAUUCCAACAAGACUCAGUACUGAAGCAGCUGGAGGUUCUCAAAGAAGAGGAGAAGGAGUUUCAGAACCUGAAGGACCCCACCAAUGGCUACUACAGCGUCAACACCUUCAAAGAGCACCACUCGACCCCCACCAUCUCGCUCAGCAGCUGCCAGCCGGACCUGCGCCCCGCGGGCAAGCAGCGCGUGCCCACGGGCAUGUCCUUCACCAACAUCUACAGCACCCUGAGCGGCCAGGGCCGCCUCUACGACUACGGGCAGAGGUUCGUGCUGGGCAUGGGCAGCUCGUCCAUCGAGCUCUGCGAGCGCGAGUUCCAGAGGGGCUCCCUCAGCGACAGCAGCUCCUUCCUGGACACGCAGUGUGACAGCAGCGUCAGCAGCAGCGGCAAGCAGGACGGCUACGUGCAGUUCGACAAGGCCAGCAAGGCCUCUGCCUCGUCCUCCCACCACUCCCAGUCCUCCUCCCAGAACUCCGACCCCAGCCGACCCCUGCAGCGGCGGAUGCAGACUCACGUCUGAGGAUCCCAAACCGGCGCUGGGGAGGGGCUGGGGAGGGGCUGGGGAAGGGGCGGGGGGAGCGUGCCACCUUCUGGCUCUCCAGAGAC